GCUCAACAGAAUUUUUAAGUAUGCAGGAUGAACUUUACUCCUUUGUCUGCCGCGAGUACCACAAAAAGUUAUAACUACUAAUUUAACUAAUAUUAGUAUUACAACUUAAAUACGCCGCGUUUCACGUCUUUUGAAAGUUUGUUUUAUUUAUUGGAGACUUUAGAUCUUAACCCUUUCUCUAAUUUUUCUUCAUCACACUCACCAUGUCUGAAGGAGCACACCCAUCUGGAGACGAUGAAGUCGAAGAUUUUAAAGAACAAGAUCGAUUUCUUCCAAUAGCAAAUGUAGCGCGUAUAAUGAAACGCGCUUUACCAGAAAACGCAAAAAUAGCUAAAGAAGCUAAAGAAUGCGUACAAGAAUGUGUUUCCGAAUUUAUAUCAUUUAUAACAAGCGAGGCAAGCGAUCGUUGUCAACAAGAAAAAAGAAAAACAAUCAACGGUGAAGAUAUUUUAUGGGCGAUGCAAUCUUUAGGAUUUGAAAAUUAUGCAGAUGCACUAAAGAUAUAUUUAGCCAAGUAUCGAGAGACCACAAAAAUAGAACGCUCUUCUGCAAAUUCCAAAGAAAAAGAGGAAGAAGGAGCGAACGUAACUGAUAUGUAUUCAACACAACAAUCUCAACAACAUGCAACGGCUGGUUAUUAUCCGGUGCAACAUCAAAAUUAUCUCGGUGAUAAUAACCCAAGUUAAUAGAUUGUCUUUAAUAAUCCCUUUUAAUUUCCUUUAUUUUCAUUAUCUUUUAUUUUUUGUCUCUUCAUGGGGUUUGUUUCUUAUUAGUAAUCCGAUAAUCGGAUAAAAAUAGAGUUUAAAAAAUACGAUAUUAAUGUCUUGUUUUUGACUGUUCUUUUUAACUUAAUAGGCAAAUAAUGCUUUAUAAUAAUUUGAAUUAUCAAAUAAUAUAUUAGCAUUUAAAAAAAAAGUUAAUAAACCUGAGCAUAUUAAUUUUUUUAUUUAUCCGUUAGUAAUAUGAAAUUACUAUAAAAC